GCACAUUUUGACCGACUCAGCAAGAAGGUGGAUUUUCCUUGUGUCUAAAGAGAAAAAAAUGUCCCCGUGUCUGUAGAGAUGCUUUGCAGUUCAGCCCGGCUGAAGCUGACCGAAUGAGACUAUGGGCUGUGCCUCUGCGAAGCAUGUUGCCACUGUUCAAAAUGAAGAGGAAGCCCAGAAAGGGAAGAACUACCAGAAUGGAGACGUGUUUGGUGAUGAGUAUAGGAUCAAACCGGUGGAAGAGGUCAAAUACAUGAAAAAUGGGGCAGAAGAGGAGCAAAAAAUAGCAGCCAGGAACCAAGAAAACUUGGAAAAAAGUGCCAGUUCAAAUGUAAGACUUAAAACUAAUAAAGAGAUUCCGGGAUUAGUUCAUCAACCUAGAGCAAAGCCACCCACAAAGACAGGUUCACUGUCAAGCGGGCACUUCGAGAGUCUGCUGGAAUUACCUCUCUGGCUCAUCCUGCUUCCCACCCUUGGGGCCCUUCACCAGAGCCAGAUUGGAAGCCUGGCGUUUCAUGCCAAUGUGAGCGUGCCAUCUGUGAGGAGAACCUGCCUAGUUAACUCAAGGCCCCACAAAGUGCCGCUGUGUUUGCUGAGUGCCCUGGGUGAGGCCCCAGGGAUGCUUCCCGGACUACCUGAGAGGUUCUACAAAGACUUUGCUCAGCCAAGCCAAGGCCAGAGGCCAGGUCACAGUUGUAAGUCAGAUAUUUCUGUUAGUCUGAUAUUUCUACUCUGCCCGUGUGAAUUUCCAACCCAAUUUUGGUCACAGGAAUGAAAGGACAUCUGAGCAAAGGGCAUUCUAAAGACACGCAUGGUAUUAUUACCUUCCCACUUGUCAAGGGCAGCACAUACAGCCCAGUGUCGACUUCAACUGUUCAGUAAAUGCUUGAGUGCCUAUCACGUGCAAUGUUAACUACAAGACUGGUGGUGGUUGCAUGGCGAUUUUACAUAACGCUUGAGUGUGUAAAAUUCUGGUAAGACUGAGCACAUCUUUACCUUCUCUUCAGAGUCCCCAGUCCUUCUGUGGCAUGAACUUGAAGAUAAAAACUGGUGGUCAAGAGAGCCUCCCAGUGGCUGCUGCGUGGCACAGCAGGACAGGCAGUCCAAAGGGGCUUGACAGCUAGCUGUCAAGUAUUCCCAUAUUUUAGUGCCUUUUUAAGGAACACACAUGCAUACAAAGGGUAGUCCUUUUCAUAUCCCCAAUUUUUCACAUCUCCAUUAUCAUUUCAUUAUUCAUUUCUGUCUUACAUAAUCUGCAGCUUAGUCAAUUCUUUUGGUUUUAAGGUGGGAAGACCUGCCUGUGUCUGUAUCCCUGGGGCUCCUCUAAACCUGCCGGUUUGUGAGAUGAUUUCAUGGUUUCUUUUACAUGUAUCAAAUGUCUACCCUACAAAGAACUGGAUGGAGUUAACAGCUGAGCAAAGAUUAGAGAGGAACCUACUUUCAUUUGGGAAAAACAGGACCAUACCAUGUGUACAAGACAGAAAUUUCUACAGAUGCUUUACGAAAGAAAAAAUAUCUUACCAAAGUUAUUACUGCAGUUUCAGCAGUUAGAUGUGUGGCACUACAAAGAGUAUAAACAAAUCUGUAAAUGACUUUGUGUUCAGGAUCAUGCUCGAAGUAUUCCUCUGGAACCUUUUCUCGCUGAAAGGAGAAAAAAUGCAAUUUAUGUAUCCAUGGAAGAAAAAUACUUAAAAGUACCCUUAAGAUAGCAGUCUUCACACUUGGGCCCACGUGCCCCUUAAAAUAAUUUUGGUUGGGUGACAUGUCUUGUAGUCUUUUAAAUAUAAACAAUGGGAUCCUAAAAUACCACAGUGAUCCAGUACUCACCACCAUUCAUUAAAGAAAAAUACAGGCACAACCGCAGAAAAUUUAUGUAUUUCCACGUUCCUCCCCACAGAAUUCUAACCAAAUGUAAACUAUUGGGUUGGCCAAAAAGUUCAUUUGGUUUUAAGUAAAAAUAAAAGACACAGUUUUCAUUUUCACCAAGCAUUUUAUUGAACAAUAUAUUCACUAACCAAACAAACUUUUUGGCCAACCCAAUAUUUUUAGGCUCAAAAGUCUUGCUGAUCCACCAUAUGUCAUACUUUUCUGUCAUCAACUUUGAAAACACAUUCCCAGUGUCCUGUAACCAUAAGGCUCGAAGGAUGUGCUGUCCUGUACAGCAGUCGCCAGCCACGUGUGGCUACAGAGCACCCGAAGAAGUGAAUUUUAAAACUUUGUCAUUUUAAUUCGUUUAAAAUUUAAACAGUUUUCUAAUUUUCUUCUUAGAGGCCUUAUCAUAUUAGGUUUAUUUACAAAUAUUUAUAUUGUUUGAUGCUAUGGAAAAUCAUCCUUUAAAAAGAUACAUUUUCUGUUACUUGGGUAUGUUUACUUACCUGCUCACUAUUCAUACAAAGUGCAACUCGGUUCAUAUCCAUCAACCCCUUAUACAACACGCCUUCGGGAAAAUGACUAGACACAACAUGGCGUGGGGAAGAAGACUUAAAGGAAGAUGAAUUUGACUUCGAGCUGGAGGAAGUAAUUUUCUUCUAGUACUUAAUUUCAAAGCAAAUCAGCAUGAAAUAAACACAACUGUAUAAGAGAAAAAUACCACUUCAAUAAAACUGACACUUACUGUGA